GUGGGGCGGGUAAGGCAAAGGACGCAAAGGGUUUUUCAUUUCGGGUUGCUAUAAAUAAAAAUAUUGAAAAGAAGAAAGAAAAAGCUAUGCUGGCAUCCUUAACCCUUUUAGUGCCGCCGGCAUCGCCUUCUCAAUUUCUUUCCUUCAAUCGCCUCUCUCAUUUCCACUUCUCUCCUUCCAUCACCGUCUCUGAUUUAUUGAGAGUGACAUCUAGAAGACUUGCUUGGGCAGCGAAGACGCAGUCAAUAACGACAAUGGCAACUGGAGAGGAUGAAUGUGUGGGCAAUGUGAAGGUGCAGUUAGCAAAAUUAUUUGAAGCUUCGCUUAAAGUAACUGUCCCUAAUGAGCCAGAUGUAGAGCCAUUGGUAGCUGCCUGCACUGGGAAGUUUGGAGAUUACCAAUGUAACAAUGCCAUGGGCCUGUGGUCUAAAAUUAAAGGGAAGGGUACUCAAUUUCGUGGGCCUCCAGCAGUUGGAGAGGCUAUCAAGAAUAAUCUCCCAACCUCUGAAAUGAUAGAAUCAUGCUCCGUAGCUGGUCCUGGAUUUGUAAAUGUGGUAUUGUCAAAGAAUUGGAUGGCUAAGAGCAUUCAAAAGAUGCUAAUUGAAGGUAUUGAUACAUGGGCACCAAUGCCACCCGUCAAAAGGGCAGUUGUCGACUUUUCAUCCCCUAAUAUAGCAAAAGAAAUGCACGUUGGUCACUUGAGGUCUACUAUUAUUGGUGACACACUUGCCCGCAUGCUUGAAUUUUCAAAAGUUGAAGUACUUCGGCGAAACCAUGUUGGUGACUGGGGGACACAGUUUGGCAUGCUGAUUGAGUUUCUGUUUGAAAAAUUUCCAAACUUUGAAGAUGCUAAUGAAACUGCCAUUGGAGAUCUACAGGCAUUUUAUAAAGCAUCAAAGCAGAGAUUUGAUGCUGAUCCUGCAUUCAAGGAGAAAGCCCAACAGGCAGUGGUGCGCCUUCAGGGUGGAGAAGACAAGUAUCGUAGGGCAUGGGCACAGAUAUGUGAAAUCAGCCGGAAUGAAUUUCAUAAGGUCUAUCAGCGGCUUGGAGUUCAUCUAGAAGAAAAAGGGGAGAGCUUUUAUAAUCCCUACAUUCCUGAGGUUAUAGAGGCAUUGACCAAACAAGGAUUAGUAGAGGAAAGUCAGGGAGCUCGUGUGAUCUUUAUUGAAGGUGUUAAUAUACCUCUUAUUGUGGUGAAGAGUGACGGUGGUUUCAACUAUGCAUCAACUGAUCUGGCUGCUCUUUGGUAUCGCCUCAAUGAGGAGAAAGCUGCUUGGAUAAUAUAUGUAACAGAUGUAGGCCAGCAGCAGCAUUUUGAUAUGGUCUUCAAAGCUGCCAAACGUGCAGGGUGGCUUCCACACGGUGAUGGUUCAUAUCCCAAAACUAGCCAUGUUGGUUUUGGCCUUGUUCUUGGAGAAGAUGGCAAGCGUUUUCGAACCCGUAACACUGAAGUAGUUCGAUUAGUUGAUCUACUUGAUGAAGCCAAGAGUCGAAGCAAAGCAGCACUUAUUGAGCGUGGUAAGGGUGAAGAAUGGACUGAGGAGGAGAUUGAGAGUACUGCUGAGGCAGUUGGUUAUGGUGCUGUAAAGUAUGCUGACUUGAAGAACAACAGAUUGACCAAUUACACAUUUAAUUUUGACCAGAUGCUUAACGAUAAGGGCAACACUGCUGUUUAUUUGCUGUAUGCUCAUGCUCGAAUCUGUUCAAUCAUCAGGAGAUCUGGUAAAGACAUUGAGGAACUGAAGAAUAAGGGGACAGUAGUAUUGGGGCACAAGGAUGAGCGUGAUUUGGGGCUUCAUUUGCUACAGUUUGUCGAGGUUGUUGAAGAGGCCUGUACCAAUCUGUUACCAAAUGUUUUGUGUGACUACCUCUAUAAUUUAUCAGAAAUCUUCUCGAAAUUUUAUAGCAACCCCGAGUGCAAGGUUAUCGGGUCAGAUAUGGAAACGGGCCGACUAUUGUUAUGUGAAGCAACUGCUGUGGUCAUGAGAAAGUGUUUCAAUCUCCUGGGAAUCACACCAAUUUACAAGAUAUAAUAUUGUGUAAACCUACAACCUCUUGAGAAAGGGAAAAAAAUUCAUAUAUCCUCAACCUCCACAAUUGUACACAGAUCAUAUUAGUUAUUUAUUUGGAGAAUUUUGAUUGUGCACGUAAUAUUUUUUUGGACAUUUA